AUCGGUUUUGUUUUGUUCGGUUGGCGGAUAAAUGGAGCAGCCGUAUUAGCGGCCUCUGUCUCACGGACACAACUGAAGUAAGUCCAGAGAUUGUCUCACAAUCUUGCCCACAAAUGAUUAUUGCAGGUGGUGAAGGCCCGUGAUUGGUUCUUGUGUAGUUAUUUCAUUGGAUUUGGUCAAAACCCAGUUCUUGUUAUCUAGGAUCCAGUUCUCGUGUCAUAGAAUUUCUCUCCUGGUAGAAGCUGUGCUGGAAAAUGCCUCUGGUCUGCUCUUCAUCUUUUGUAGCUCCCUGGCCGCUUAUGAAACGGUCAUGUACCCUGAAUUCAUGCUCUUCUUUUGGUCAUCUCGAUUUCACAGCUAGAUUUAGGACAAAUGCCCAGUUCUUGUUUGUGGAACUGCAUAAGCUUCCUAUGUCAGGGAAGAGUCGUAUCUUAGCAAGUCAGCAAUCCUUUACAGAGACUAGCUCGUUAUCUUUCGAUUGGGAAGAUCAAGAGGAUCUCACAGAUACAGGGUCACCGUGGGAAGGGGCGGUUGUGUACAAGAGAAACGCUUCAGUCACACACGUGGAAUAUUGCACCACAUUAGAGAGGCUGGGAUUGGGAAGGCUAUCGACUGAGAUCUCAAGGUCGAGGGCUUCUUCAAUGGGUGUACGUGUCACGAAAGUCGUUAAGGAUUUUCCUGAUGGCACACCAGUUCAAGUUUCGAUCGAUGUCAUAAGGAAGAAAAAGAAGCUGAGGCUUGAUGGAAUUGUAAGAACUGUCAUUACACUGGGCUGCAACCGGUGUGGUGAGCCAGCUGCUGAGACCGUUUUCUCCAACCUUUCACUGUUACUUAUGGAAGAACCCGUUGAAGAACCUGAGAUCAUCAAUCUGGGAUUCGCCUUCGGCAAUGAUAAAGGCCAGUCCUUUUCCGGGUUAUAUAACGAAGAAGAUGGAGACAAGGAUGAUUCAUGUAUAGAUUGGGACGAUCGGCUCCAUUUUCCAGCUGAGGUGAAUGAAAUUGAUAUCUCAAAGCACGUGAGGGACUUGGUACAUCUAGAAAUCACCAUCAAUGCUAUAUGCGAUCCCGGAUGCAAAGGGAUAUGCCUGAAAUGUGGUACGAAUCUGAACAAGAGGAAAUGCAAUUGCAGCAAAGAAGAGAAGGAAAAAGGCUACGGUCCCCUUGGAAAUUUGAGAAAGCAAAUGCAGCAGAAAGAAGGUCUGAAGAAGUAAACCCCAAGUUAGCUUUUUCUUCUUCAUCUUUUGUUUACCGUGAUACUUGUAAAACUUUGAUUCAGAAACUAAAUCUGGAAGUAACCAUUGAUAAGUUAUAUCAUUCUUCAAACGGUUUA